CCCAUAAAUUAUUUACAUAUUACUUGGUUGGUACUUCACACGCCAGAAACUCUCAAAGCACAUCCGCGGGUGACGAACAAAGAGAGAAGGACCUUGAGUUGGAGAAGUAUUAACGUCUAGCUUUCAUCAUGAGAGGGCCAUUUUUAUUUACCAUUUGCCUAUCAGCCGUAGCGGCCCUAAUUACAACAACUGAGGGAAAACGUGUUUUAUCGACGAAAGAGGAAGAAACAAAAGAUCACGCUCUUCGUACUCACGAACACGAAUCUCACGAUCACGAAUCUGGCGUUGGAGAAGAGGAAGGCUCGUUAGAUUGGGGCAGUGGCACUGGCUCGGGUUCUGGAAGAAAGGACGCAUCCGUAGGUUAUCCCGGGGGAUACCCCUCUCCGUAUCCAUCCCCGUAUCCCUCUCCGUAUCCAUAUCCAUCACCGUAUCCAUCCCCAUAUCCAUCACCGUAUCCAUCCCCAUAUCCAUCACCGUAUCCAUCCCCAUAUCCGUCGCCAUAUCCAUCACCAUAUCCCGCGGCUCCCGCUCAACAUCCCUCCCCGUUCCCUUCUCCGUACCCAAUGCCGUAUCCUGCUCCCUACCCCACGCCCUAUCCUGCUCCCUACCCCUACCCUGCGCCCUAUCCUUACCCCCGCCCGUCACCAGCUACGAGUGAGGAGGAAGAAGAAGAGGAAGAAGAGGAAGAAGAGGAAGAAGAGGAGGAGGAGAAUGACAAUCCCAGACAUAAGAAGCGCCGCCGUCAUAGGAAACCCAGUAAUGAUAAGAGGAAAACGGAACAGUGAAAAACAAUCACUUAGAGACAAACUCGUUGAAUAAAGGUUUUCAAGAUGAAUUCUGUCUAAAAAAAUGCAUACCAGCUGUGGUAACUUUAAUCAGAAUGCAAUAAAAACGUUUUCACA